AUGGCAUUGCUCUGUGGAACAGUCCUGCUGGAGCCGACGGACACGCUGGCAGGUUUGGGAGAUCAGUUCCAGGGAACCCUGGAUCUCAUUCGGCGCCCAGAGCGCGUUCGCCUGGUCGCCCACCGACAUCCGAGACUUUUUGUUGCCUCUGGAGCAUCCCAGUCCUUAGCUGUUCCAGGUGCAACUGCCUGGGGCGAUGAGUUCAUUGUGCAGCCAGAUGCUGCAAGCCAGGAAGCGCUCUCGUUCAGUGGAGUCUCAGAUGCGAGCUUCCGGAUCUGGAACCCUUUUGCGUCCUUCAUCGCGGCUGCGAUCGUUGGAGGCCUUGGAAAGACUCCGAAAUGGAAGGAUGAGCGCCUGUUGGCCAUAGACAUGUCAGCUAGAGAUCUGUCCUACUAUGCAGACCUAGUGGGAGAAGGCGGCAUUGUUCACUUCAAGAAUUCAAUUCCUCUUGCAGCCGAAGAUCUCAACAAGCUCCAGCAGCACUGGCCAAAGGUUCAAGAGUUGGACUUCGCGGGCACUGCUAGGCCUUGCAAGUUCAAUACGUUGCUGGUGCACGGACAUAUACAGGACCACCAGAUAGUUUUAGACAGGCUGAAGUCACUUCUCCGCGCAGAUGCUCUGGUGAUGUGGACCAUUCAGGCAGCUCAGGACGCAACCGAGCCGGCGGAAUUGCAGUUUUCACAGACCGUGCAGGCACUAAGACAGUGCGGACUAAAACCUAAAGAGCAGAUCACCCUUGAGCCUUACUUCAGUAACUCUGCCGUGAUCGUGGCACAAUGCGACCGAAACUGGCCAGAGUAG